AUGUUGCUUUCAAAUCUGAAAGCCCGGUUGAGCUUUGUUCAAAUUGGUGUCAAUAUUGGACAUGCUCGGAGCUUUCCCGGUUCGUCAAUCAAUCAGAGUGUUAUAUUUCAUAGGUAUUUAAACUUACGAGAUAAGAACUUGUAUCGAAGGGGUUUGAACACAUAUUCCAGAAAUGGCUAUAUCUAUUCAAAGUAUAGUUUGACUUGUCAAGUUCGCCGCUUGACAAAUUCUUCUAGAUUUAUGAAAAUUCACUCAAAUUCUGUGGACAAUAUCAAAGACAAAGACACUCUCAAAAAUAGCAUUCAAGAACGAUUAAAAGAUCCAAAUUCCUUACAAGAUCAUUUGCAAGUAACACAGGAGAGGAAGAGGGAGAUCAGAAAGAGAGAUCAACAAGCUCUAGCCAAGAAUAAGAAAAGCUUUAGAGAGAAUCUUCGGACUAUCGUAAGAAUUCUAAAGUUAGGAAGGCCCGAUCUCAAACUUUUUCUUUAUGCUUUGGCCUUUAUAUUUUUUGCAGUUUUAUAUCCUACGACUUCAGUCAAGCUAGUUGGUGCUGCUAUAGAUGCAUUUAAUGGUCAUGAAACAGAUGCCGACGGAACUCUUUUGAUAUGGGGCUACAAGUACUCGACAGUAUUUGCUGUCAUGGUUCCAUUUAUGUGUGUGAGUGCGGUAUGUUUCUGGGCCAGAAUUUGGGUUUUGAAAGUGCUUGGUGAAAGAUUAGUUGCAAGGUUAAGACUCAGGGUCAUGAAACAUUUAUUGAGGCAUGAUUCAAGGUUUUAUGAUCAAGAAAAGUAUAAAGUCGGAGACUUGAUUUCAAGAUUAUCCAGUGAUGCUUAUGUUGUGUCGAGAUCAAUUACGAAUAAUUUACCAGAUGGUUUGAAAAAUUUGUUGUUUGGUAUCAUAAGCUCAUAUAUGAUGUUUUCUAUUAACCCAAUGUUAUUCGGUGUAAUGUUAUUAAUUUCUCCUCCGAUUACUUUCGGUUCUGUUUGGUAUGGUGAAAAGAUUCGAGCUUUAUCAACCAAGUUGCAGAAUGCCACUGCUGGUUUAACGAAAGUCAGUGAGGAAACCCUCAACUCAGUUAAGUUAAUCCAAGCAUUCACUGGCGAACAGAAGGAAUUAAGAAAGUACUCCAACCGUUUGAGAAACGUGGUUAAUGUUGCAAGGCAAGAAGCACUCGCUCAAUCGAAUUACCUGGUUUCAAUCUAUAGUUUAUACCAUACUGGUUAUUUGUCAUGUAUAGCAAUUGGUGUCUAUUUGAUUUUACAUGGACAAAUGACAACUGGUGAUGUGGUUGCAUUUACAAUGUAUUCAGAAUUAUUCAAUCUGGCUCUUUACAGUUUAACAACUACUUAUAUGGAAUUAAUGAAGGGAUCUGGUGCAGGUGUAAAGUUGUUCGAUUUGAUUGACCAUGGCGAUUCUGUCGAACCUGUGAAGGGUAAAAGGGUACCUCCUCUGCUAGGUAAUGGGAUUGAGUUCAAAGAUGUGGUUUUCAGUUACCCCACACGCCCAUACGAUAAGAUUUUCGACGGCUGUAGCUUUAAAGUGCCACCUUCUUCUAAUACCUGCUUCGUUGCUCCUUCCGGAUGCGGAAAAUCAACGAUAGCUUCCUUAUUAUUGCGGUUUUAUAAUAUUAAUUCCGGAGAGAUACUUAUUGGUGGACAGAAUGUCAAUGAUUUCCAAAUACGUGAUUUGAGAAGAUCCGUAAUAGGAAUUGUUCAACAAGAACCUAUUCUUUUAUCAGGAAGUAUCUUGGAGAAUAUCGUGUAUGGCUUGACACCAUCCCAGGUUAGACUGUUAACAAUGGACGACAUUAUGAAUGUGGCCAGAGAAGCCAAUUGUCAUGAUUUCAUCAUGUCAUUUCCAGAUCAGUAUGAUACUAUUAUAGGAUCUCGAGGCGCAUCUCUUUCAGGUGGCCAAAAACAAAGAAUUGCAAUCGCAAGAGCUUUAAUUAAAAAACCUUCUAUUUUAAUUUUAGACGAGGCUACUUCUGCUUUAGACUCCCAGCUGGAAAAAUUAAUUAAUGAAACGUUAAAGCGUCUAACAUCGGGUGGUAGCAUGACAAUUAUCGCUAUCGCUCACAGAUUAUCGACGAUCUCCAAAUCUGAAUUCGUCAUAGUCUUAGGUAAGAAAGGAAAGGUCGUCGAACAAGGAAGGUUUGUGGAAUUAUUUAGUAAUCCAGGAUCAGAAUUAUCGAAAUUGUUGGAUGAAUCGGCACAAUCAUCAGAAAAUAAUACAACACCUGAAGAAGACGGUGAAAAGGAAAGACUAGAAGAAAAGGUUAAAACCAUAGAGAAUCGUCAAAAAGAAGAGGAUGAAAUAGAAAGAGUCAGAUCUUUAAUGGACAACUUAUCAUUGGAGUCAAAAAGGGUCCUUAUAGAUCAAUUAUCGCAAAGACUUGAAGAGUCUGAAAGAGAGGACAUUUUGGAAGAACCUGAGCCUAUCCCGGAAACUGCUCCGGAAGACGUUGACGAAACCACAGAGCGACCACAAGCUCGUUCUUCAUGA